AUGGAUGUAAAGGACUUUACCUCUUUUUCCAUAUUUGGCAUUUGGGGAAGAGAGAUAUCAUGCGGUGAAAUUCACUUUUCCAAACAUCAUAUCAUUUACAUCACCGAGGGAUUCUUGCAGAGCGUCGGCGAUCUCACCGACAUUCAAGUCGGCAGCCGAGUCCGACAUCGUCUGGGAGAAGUUCCUGUCGAUUAUCAGGAGAUCAUAUCGAGGUCCGUCUCUCCGGUGGUUCACUCCACCAAAAAGGAACUCUACUUUCUCCUCUGCAACUCUCCUAUCCUCCUUGAUGAAAGCAAGCUGAGCUUCACGCUAAAUAAAUGGAGCGGCAAAAAAUGUUAUAUGCUUCGAGCAAGAGAGCUUUCAAUUGCGUGGAAAGAUGGCCCACAGUACUGGAAGUGGACGUCUUUGCCUGAGUCAAGAUUUUUUGAGGUGGCUGAGCUCCGGGCCGUGUGUUGGCUCGCUGUUGGAGGCAAGAUGCAAACUCAGAUGUUGUCCCCAAAGACCACUUAUGCAGCUUACCUUGUCUUCAAACCAGCAGAAAAUUCAAGGGGCCUUGAAGUGCCUGCAAAAGCUUCAGUUAGAUUUGUUGUGGAAAGCCAAGAUGGGGCUAAAGAUUCGAACGAUGCAGUUCACCUGAAAUUGGCGACAGAUAGACCUGAGCAUUUACGAAGGUUGGGUAGGCGUGCAGCUAGACAGCCUAAUGGUCGGCUUCGGCAGAAGAGAGGGGAUGAAUGGAUGGAGAUUGAGCUCGGGCAGUUUUUUAAUGAUCAUGGAGAUGACGGUGAAGUGGAGAUGCAAUUGAAGGAGAUCCAACAGCUUAAUUGGAAGACAGGCCUCAUUGUCGAGGGCAUUGAGCUUCGGCCUAAGGAGUAA